AUGGCACUACAAUGGAGGAGAUUACUACCACACCCUCGUGCGACUUCAAUUUGCAGCACCUGUCGCAGAUUCAGCUCAACUCCUCUCUCAUUCUCCGGACACAGCAAGUGGGCCACGAUCAAACAUGACAAGGCCAAGAACGACAAGUCAAAGAGCAAAGAGCGCCAAGUUGUGAGCAAAGAGAUCAGCAAUGCAACACAACUAUGGGGUCCCGAUCCGAAAUACAAUCCUCGUCUGACACUCGCGUUGUCAAAUGCUAAGCGCGCCUCCAUUCCCAAAAUCAUCAUCGAAUCGGCUAUCGCGCGUGGACAGGGACUCAGUGUAACUGGACAAGCACUGGAGUCCUUGACGAUUGAAGCAAUGCUGCCGGGCUCAGUGGCUGCGGUGAUCGAGUGCCAGACGGACCAGAAAGCGCGUGUGCUACAAGACAUUCGACACUCGAUCAAGACCUUCGGAGGCACCGUGACGCCCACUACAUUUUUAUUUGAGAAGAAAGGCCGAGUCAUCUUGGAGAAAAAAGAUGGUGUGGAUCCGGACGACUACUUAGACCAAGCCAUCGAGGCGGGAGCGACAGAUAUAAUCAUGGAUGAGGACGGCCGCUUGGUCGUGUUCACCGAUCCGUCCGAAACGAAGAAAGUCGGAGAGCUGUUCUCAAAAUCAUCUGGCCUUACAAUUGAGGUGUUAGAAUUUUUCUGGGACCCGAAUCCAGAUACGAUGGUUCAAGUGCAGGACCCAGAGCAAGCUGAGACUACUGGGAACCUGCUCAACUCCUUGCGCGAUGAACCGAGUGUCCAAGAUAUCUAUCUGAACACCGCGGACAAGUUGUGA